CCCGUCUGUUUCCCACGCCUCCACCAGCAGCCUCUAGAAAACCUCUUGAAUCAGCAAACACUGUGAUAUGCGGAAACGGACACUUUAAAACAGCCCUGUUUUCUGGGGGGGAUUAUGCACGUUUCAAACUGGACUAACGAUGUAGGGAUUAAACCGAAAAGCGGCCUCGACUUUUUCCUCUGGACAAACUGCACUGAGGAGGACGUAAACUUUUCGGUCGGAGCGGACGGACGCGGCGCUCGGUUUCCCCAAUGUCACCAGCACCGAGCGGGUUAUGAGUGAUUUUUAUGACCGUUUUCUAACCGUUUGGACCUUUUCCUGUCACCGCACUAAAUUUCAUGGACUGUUGUUUUGGUGGAAACGAGCUGAAGGGAGGAUUUCCACACCUCAGGAAUUUCGACGCCAGAAACUGAAGCGUCCGUGAACGCAGCAGGUAGCUAGCUAGCUCGUUAGCUAGUUAGUGUUUGUUUUUAGACGUUUAAAAAAAGACAAAAACGUCGCUGAACUUGACGUUAACGCUGGUUGUUAUGUGUUCAACACGCGGCUAACGUUAGCUUAAGGUUUUCUGAGAGGUUUCCGGGUGUUGUGGGCGGUUUUUAUUUUUUAAACAAACUGUAAGUUAGGUUUUAACAACUCAGCCUGUGAACGUUAGCUGUUGAAGCUAACGUCCAAACAUGCCGCAGCUAAACGGCGGAGACGGAGACGACCUGGGAGCUAACGAUGAACUGAUCGCCUUCAAAGACGAAGGGGAGCAGGAGGAGAAGAGGAAUGUGUCCGCGGAGAGGGACCUGGACGACGUCAAGUCCUCCCUGGUCAACGAGUCAGAGACCAACAGCAGCUCGGACUCGGAGGCAGACAGACGCCCCAAGCCCAAUCCAGAUUUGGAGAGCAGGGCCAGGCACAGUCAGCUGUUUGAAGAAGCGCUGAGGCGGCAGCAGGACGGCGCUCUGUUCCAGCCCUCGCCGUACGUCGGAUAUCCUUUCUUCAUGAUCCCAGACCUUGGGAACCUCUGUAGUCCCUACCUCACCAACGGAGCCCUCACACCAAGUGCCCGCACGUAUCUGCCGUUUCAAUGGCCUCUGCUCGACGUCCCUGGAAGAUCAGGCAUCAGAGACUCUGCUACUCCUACACACCUGUCUAACAGUGUGCCCGUAGUGCAGCACCCCCACAUGACCCACCUCCACCCGCUGCUGUCCUACAGCCCGGAGGCCUUCUCCCCUCAGAGGGCCUCACCUGGCUUCUCUCCUGACACAGGUAUGUCGAGGACGCCUCACGCUGCCUGUUACCCCGUCUCUCCUGGAGGCAUGGCUCAGAUCCCACACCCUCUCGGAUGGCUGCAGGGACAGUCCAUGUAUCCCAUCGCAGGGGGGUUCUCACCUGCUGCUCUGUCCAGUCUGGUAUCGAGUGGUUUCUCUUCACGUUUGGUGCCGACCCCCCAGUCGUCCAUCCCCCACCCGGCCAUCGUCCCCACAGGAGUGAAGCAGGAGCCUGGGUGCAGCAGCCAGCCGGGGAAGUCGAUGGGCGACGCUCAGCAGGAGAAAGAAGACGAGAAGAAGCCUCACAUUAAAAAACCACUGAACGCCUUCAUGCUGUACAUGAGGGAGGAGAGGCCCAAAGUGGUGGCUCAGUGCAAAGUGAAGGAGAGCGCCACCAUCAACCAGAUACUGGGACAGAGGUGGCACUCUCUGUCCAAAGAGGAACAGGCCAAAUAUUAUGAACUGGCUCGUAAAGAGAGACUCCUGCACUCCAAGCUGUACCCGGGCUGGUCGGCCAGAGACAACUAUGGUAAAAAGAAGAAGAGGAAGAGGACGAAGAGUGAAACUCAACUUGAAGCUCCUGCAGCAGAGGAUUUCUCCCCGCAGCUGAAGAGACCUCGCGGGACGCCCGGCCCUGAGGAGACGCCCCACACACACACUCUGCUGACACAGCCCCACCCACAGACUGCACACACACACACACACCCCCGCCCUCACCUGACACAGCCACACACCAUGUCCCACCUGACACACACGCACCUGUCCCAGGCGAGCCCCGCCUCCUCCCUGGACUCCCCGGCGACGCCCACCACGGCGCUGGCCUCGCCCGCCGCCCCGGCGCCGACGCACACCGAGCACACACACUCCUCCUACAGCGGACACACGUCGCCGUACGCCGAGCAGCUGCAGCCGCUGUCCCUCACCACCAAACCCCACCGGACCCCCCACCCCCUGAGCCGCAACACCGUCACCCCGGGACCCUCCACGCCGUCCUCCUCCUCCGACACCCCCACCUCCUCACCCCUCACCGCCUCCUCCAGGAGCUCGCCCCUCCCUCCCCCUCUGCUCUCUCAGCCUUUCCUCGUCCCGCCUCCUACCUCCGCUCACCAAUCAACAGCGAGCUCUCACGGUGCCUUAACGCAGCCGCAGCCGUUCUCCCUCAGAAGAACCAAUCAGCUGUGAGCAGCUGCGUGAAUCAGCCAAUCAAACACAAACACACUCUCCAGUGAUCUGUACCUCUUUUUUAAAGCUGUAAAUUCGCCUCGUUUUUUAAACUUUUUUAUAGAUGUAUCACAUUUUAUAUUAGUAUGAAAAUUGGUCAAUAUUUGACUGUAUCUCUUCAUCAAACGCUGUUUAUUUUUUUGUCACUUUUUCUAAUAACUUUUUAUGAACGAUCAACUUGUUGUAAUUGAAGCGAGGUGUGGCACAGGGGUCUGUUUGUUUCACCAUGCUUUUCUCACUUGGUAGUAAUGAGUGUCUGUUUCCUGGUUCCUCCUCUGUGUUAAUAAAUAUUCACUGAGUUCUGAC